UAAAUCCUGAGAUCGCUGGCCAUGCCCAACAAUUGGGCAAACUGCUGGCUCUGAGGUCAAGCCUUGUCUGAAUGUGUUGCAAAUGGUUUCUCCGGGAAACUGCAGAUCUGACGGCAGCGUCUUCCGAACAGCAUCUCAGACACGGCAGAGAGGUACCUUGUGGCACAGGGCAGGGAGGGGGGCAGCCCUCUCCCCCCAAAAAAUGUGCGGGCAAAAGGCGGAGAGGAGGACAUAACGUCUCAGUGGAGGGCGAUUUCCACAGAAUGAAGAAACAUACUGCGAGAGUGGCACCUUUGCAGCCGUUCAGUAUUUCCACAUUAAAUUCAGCUAGAUCAGACGGUGCCUGCCGAUCCUCUGUCGUCCGAUGCAAGCCGGGAGCCAACUGCCCCAACCCGCAGAGUGGCCUCCGCAGGCAACAUUCCCCCUUGUCUGCCGCUGAAGAUUCUGCUGCUCCCAUUCUAGAGCUGCAGAGUCGGAGUCCCUCCGGAUUUUGCCGGCACGGCAGAGGAGAGAGGCAGAACAGAUCAGGGGAAGACGGGACCCAAGGCCACGGGGAGAACGGCAGCCAGGAGAGCCACGUCCAGACCCGGUGUGAGUCCUGUACGUCCACAUUCCUCAAGAUCGUCUGGGGAUUUCUGAUCAUCCUCUCCGUCUCCUCCUCCUGGGUCGGAACAACGCAGAUUGUGAAAAUCACAUACAAGAACUUUGAUUACCCGUUUUUCAUGACUUGGUUUUCCACAAACUGGAACAUUAUGUUUUUCCCAGUGUAUUACUCCGGGCAUCUUGCAACGGCGCAGGAAAAGCAAUCUCCAAUCAAAAAAUUCAGGGAAUGCAGUCGGAUCUUUGGCGAGGAUGGUCUGACGCUGAAACUCUUUCUUAAAAGGACAGCUCCCUUUUCUAUUCUCUGGACUUUGACCAAUUACCUUUACUUGCUGGCUUUGAAGAAGCUGACAGCCACGGACGUCUCGGCCCUAUUCUGUUGCAACAAAGCCUUUGUCUUCCUGCUCUCGUGGAUUGUACUGAAGGACAGGUUCAUGGGUGUAAGGAUAGUUGCUGCAAUCAUGGCCAUCACUGGAAUUGUCAUGAUGGCGUACGCAGAUGGUUUUCAGGGCGAUUCGAUUAUCGGGGUCGCGUAUGCCGUUGGGUCUGCAUCGAUGUCGGCGCUGUAUAAGGUUCUGUUCAAGAUGUUCCUUGGGAGCGCAAACUUUGGGGAAGCGGCCCAUUUCAUUUCUACCCUUGGCUUUUUCAACUUGGUCUUCCUUUCCUUUACACCGAUCAUCCUGUAUUUCACCAAGGUGGAGUAUUGGUCUCCCUUCUCGGCCGUUCCCUGGGGCUACCUGUGCGGAAUAGCCGGCCUCUGGCUAGCUUUCAACAUCCUGGUGAACGUCGGAGUUGUGCUUACGUACCCAAUCUUAAUAUCUAUCGGGACGUUGCUCAGUGUUCCCGGCAAUGCAGCUGUCGACCUUCUCAAACGCGAGGUGAUCUUCAGCGUGGUCCGUUUGGGGGCCACCACCAUCAUCUGCCUCGGGUUCUUGCUGAUGCUCCUUCCCGAGGAAUGGGACGAGAUCACGCUGCGAUUCAUCAACAGCCUGAAGGAGAAGAAGGCCGAAGACCACCCCGAGGACGUCACGGACUCGAGCGUCCACUUCCGGAGCAGAAGCCGAGUCAACGGGACUGUGUCUAUACCGCUGGCUUAGAGCCGGCCGGGCUUCAAGUUGCGUGCACGCCAAUGUAUAUUCUGUGAAUAUGAUUUAAUAAUUCCCUUUCCGCCCCCCCCCUCGCCCACUUGUAUGCUUUAAAAAGAGACAGCUUUAUUUUAAACAGGAAUGGAUCGUAAAUUCAACGCUAAACACAUCGGAAACUAAGCUGUUUACAUUUGUACACUUUAUCCAGGAGUAGGUGCAAAUGAACGACAAUAAAUUCC